AUGGCAGACACAAGACUUGUCCCAAGCGCCUUUGAAGCUCGGAAAUCAAAGAUCCUCGCAGACCUUUCCAUCCCAGAUGCCGAGUACACGGAUCUGUCCCCCAAAGGGUCCGUGGAUGAAGGCAUCCGCGAUCUCAUCCAGGACAUCAACGGGCUGCCCGGACUGGUGACCACGAGUAGCUGUGCUGGGCGGAUCAGUGUAUUCUUAGAGGGGAGAAAUAAACAACCUCAGAGAGCCUCAGAAGAGCAGCGACGACAGUUUGCGCCGUCGGGGGGCAAAGGGGCGGGGAAAUGGCUCUAUGUCUCGCAUGACCCUCUGGAAGAAAAAGCAAUGUCGCUCCAUGAGAGAUUCGGCCUGACGCCGGGCGAUGGGAAACCUCCUGCGGCGAACAAAGCAGGACAGGCCCCGCGUCUUGUCCGUUUUCACUACGAACCGAUGAUUCUUCACAUAAUGGCUGCAACGCUCCACCAUGCAAGUCCUGUUCUAGCAGCCGCUUCCAGCUCCGGUUUCCGCGAAAGCGGUUUACAGAGCUUGCGAUGCCUAGAAGGCGAUGAUGAUGGCCCAAGCCCUAUUGUCGCAGUGCGCUCCACAGGUCUAGCUCUCGAGUCUGUCAUCGGGUACUGUGACGAUACUGAUGAUGGUGAUCAAGAUGGCAAGGAGCCUGUUGUCCAUAGUCUGGUGACUGAGGAGUAUUUACAGAUGUUGGUUGCAAUCUCCAAUGAGAGGUUCUCCAUCAACGCAGAGCGUAAAUCCCGUUUCCGGACGAAUCUGCUGGAACUAUGCUCUUCCGUGCAAUCGGAAGCUUCCAAGACGAAGGGAAAGUCAAGGCCGUCUGGAUGGGAGGACCCUGAAAAGAGAAGAGAAAGGAAGAGAGCUGAGGGGUUGAUGAGGAAAAAGCUUCUUGAGAAGCAGACGAAAGCGCAAGACAAUCAAUCUUCGGCGGAAUCUACGGAAGAGCUUGUCUUACCAACAGGAGACUGA